AUUUUGGUUCGGUUUGGUGAGAGGUGGUGAGUACACUUUGAACUCUUCUUCUUCUUCUUCUUCGUCUUCGUACCACUCUCGUCUCAAACCCUCGUCUCGGAUCUCGGAGACCUAAAAAUGUCGGCGUGGGGCGACGCGGCGUUGGCGGGGAAGAAGCCCCCGAAGCGGGUCGGGGGAAUGGAAGAAGCCCUCUCCAUCGCCUCCGAUCUCGGCUUCUCCACCCCUCCCUUCCAGGAAGAUCAAACCAACUCCUUUACUGCUGAGAAAGGCGACGACUUGAUAGAGAUCUUGAGAGAAUUGACUUCUGUACAACGAAACAUUGCUAAUUUGCAAGUUGAACUUCAAGGGCGAAAGGAUGAUAAGACCAUUGCACAUCUGACACAUGUGAGUGAAAUGGAAAAGAAAUGCGAGUCCUUGGCCAGAAUUACUGCUAUUCUGAAAGAUGUAAUUCAAAACAAGGAUCGCAUCAUUGCUCGACUUCAGCAACCGUACUCUCUUGAUUGCAUUCCGGUGGAAGCUGAAUAUCAGAAACAAUUCUCGGAGUUGUUGAUGAAGGCUGCUAGUGACUAUGGGGCUUUGACAGCAUCUAUUGCUGACUUUCACUGGAGCCAGAAUUUUAGAGAGGCCCCUUCAGUUUGGGGGGAAAUGCUUCGUCCAAUACCUGCCGCUCUCGCGUCGUGUACCCGCUUCUUCGAGGCAAUGUCUGCUACGAGAGACUCUUUUGCGACCCUCCAACAGCUUCGCGUAGGCAGUUCUUCUAUUCAGCAUUCCGAAUUCUCAACCCCUCCUCAAUGGAGAGACGGUGCUGCAGGCGAUCGAAUACUUUGAUGGCUAGGAGGCAGGAGAAAGAGCGAAAGAUGCUAUGGAGGAGAGUAAAAGUAGUUUGGUGAAAUAAAUCACUUAAGAAAGGGGUUUGUGGAUUGCAAAAGCAUCUAUUGUGGCUUCUCUUGUAAAGUUAUGGAAUUCUUUUGUAUCAUAAACCACAAAAAGGAAGCAGGAUUUAAUUUAGUUUUCUUCUGCUUCGUCUUCGGCAAAUUUGUGAAAGUAUUUUGGUUUAUUAAUGUUGUAUGUUGCUUAUCCUAUUCUUGGUUCUAACCAGUUCCUAUGUGUGACAUUUGUGUACAUCAGUGUAAAUAUAGAUAUGUAGAUUGUUACCAAGGACAAAAAAAAA